AUGAAAGGAACUGAUUUUGAUGCCAGUAUAUAUCCAGAAAAGGUAGACUCUGGCAACAUUAAUAAGAUAAAAUAUUCUGAUAUGAAUGAAAUAUUUUCUAUUGAUUUAAAAAGUAUAUUGAAAAAUGUAUCAAAUGAAAAUGAAUUAAAUUGUGCUAUAGAAAUUAUAAAUGAUAAGAUAACCACAUUGAACGAUUUUAUAAGAAAAGUUACAAAGAAAAGGUAUGAAUAUUUUUACAAAUAUAUUGAUAAGUUGUGCAUUUCGGUAAAUGUGCAUAAUAAGAAUAAGGAAAAGAAUGCAACCUAUGAUUGUAAAACUAUAGAUAUAGAAAAAAUCAUAAAUGUAUAUAAUAAUAACUAUGAAGAAUUGAAGGGAAUAAAGGCAAACGUCUUUUCUUUAAUUGAUAAACAAGCAUGUUUAAUCGAGAUUGAAAAAACAAUAAAAUUAUACGAGAUUUUGGAUAAGGAAAUUGAAAAAAUAUGCAACGAAAUAAGUGAAAAUCCAUGCUUUAAAGACCUAAAUUUUAAUAAUAUCGAGCAUAAACUUGAUGAAAUGGAAAAACUUAAAAAUAACCAAAAUAAAAAUGAUAAUUUCGAAGAAGAAACAAUUAUUAAUAAUAAUAGUAUAAAUAUAGACGAUACAAAUAGUAUUGAUUUUUAUGUGUUAGUAAAAUAUUUAAAAAGAUUAAGCGACUUGGUCGACUUUAUUAAUUAUCAUAAUAUCGAGAAUGUGCUUAUAGUUAAAUUAAAAAUUAAAAAAUUAAAAUAUUAUCAAGAUUGCAUAGUAUCUAUAUUUAUUAAUUACUUGUCAGCAAAUUUUUAUAAAGAUAAGAAUUGCGAAAAUAAUGUUAGGCAUUGCUUAUAUUCUUUUAGUUAUUUAAAUAUUGGAAAGGAGUGUUUUAAAAAUAUUAUAAAUAAUAAAAUAAAUAAGUGCACUCAUACAUAUAUAUCAAAUAUAAAAGAAUUUAAGCAAGAUGUGAAAGAAAGCUUUUUUUUAAUCAUACAAAACUGUAAAAAUAUUAUGGAUCAAAUUUGUUAUAUUAAUAAUGUUAUGAAAAAUGAGGGUUAUAUAAAUGAUGAGACACCCCAAAAAAGAGAAUUUGUAGAACAAUAUAGCAAAUUGGUCGAUACAACUCCUAAUGGGCUUGAUCAGAAUUUUAGUAUAAACAAUUUUUUGAAAGAAGAAAAGGAAAAAAAUAUGAUCGAACUUAUAGAUAUUUAUACUGAAAUUUAUUUACCAUAUAUAAAUUUAUUAAUAGAUAAUAAAUUGAAUGAAUAUAUAAAAAAAGAAGAUAUGUUACACAUUUUAAAUUUAUGUGAAGAAUUUUUAAAUGUUAUAAAAAAAAAAAAAUAUUUUAAAAUCCAAGAAAAAGAUUUACUCCUUAUCUUAUUUAAAAAAGAAUAUGAAGAAAUAACUUUUAAUUCAAUUAAUAAAUUAGUAAAUUUAGUAGAUAUUUUAUUUCAAAAUACAAAUAUGAGAAGCAGUAUAGAUUAUGAAAAUGAUUAUAAUUUCCCAACCAUCUUUGAUAUUAAAAAUUAUGUUGAUGUAUUUUGUACAGAAUUAUAUACCCACAUUUUUUUCCCAUUCAUUUUUCGAAAAAUUAUAGUCUCUUGUAAUAAUUCAUUACUACUACUAAGUAACAAUUUAAAUAAUUUAAGGCUAAAUUUAAAUUUACGUAUUGAUAUUGACACGCGAAAUAAGCAUAUUGUUUUUGAUUAUAUAUAUAAACAUUUUAAGUAUAAUUUAGAGCUAUUUUUAAUUAGUAGACAACUUUUAAAAUAUUUAAUACUUAAUUUGUGUAAAUUAAAAAAUAAAGUAACAAAAAUAAAAACAUUAAUGCAAAAAAAGGAUUAUGAUAAUUUACACACAGAGAAAUUGAAAAAUGACGAACCAUUAAUUAAUCUAUCAUUUAAUGAAUCUUAUAAUGAAUUUUUUAAUUUUCAAGAUUAUCUUAAUAACAAUUUGUUAUGUGAUAAUUGGUUAUUUAAAUAUCAUGAGGAAUACAUACCUGAAGGUAACACAAAUUUAGAUACAGUAAAAAACAAAAAGGAGGAUCAAGAGUGCAGUAAUAUACCGAAUGAAUAUAAUGAUCCAUUAUUCCAAAAUGAAAAAAAGAUUUUCAAUGAUUUGUUUAAGAUAAGUUUAACUUCGGAUAUAAAAUAUAGCUCAUUAAAUAUGAACGAAUCAUAUAAUAUUUAUGGGGAUGAUGAAAAUUAUGAAAUUAGUUCGUUUUUUGUAAAAAUGGGAGGGAAAAAAAAAAUAAAUAAAAAUGAAAAAAAAAAUAUUUUUGAUUUAAUUGAAUUAGAAAAAGGAAUAUGCGAACUAAACAAUGCAGUAAAUUUAUGUCUACAUGAAUUUUUUGAAAUUUUUGAAAAAAAAACAAUAUGGUUUUUAAAAAAUAAUAUAGACAAAUUAAAUACAGAUGAUACACAUUUUUUAUUUGAUCAACUUUGUAUAUCAUUUUAUAAUAACAUUAUACAGCAUAUACCAUUAUAUGAAUGCUUAAAAAUUAUAAAUAAUUUAAUUACUAGAUUGAUGAUUUAUUUAGUUGCAAUAUCGAGUUACUAUUUAAUUGAGCAAAUGGAUGUAUAUAUAUUUAAGUAUUAUAAAUCUACCCAAAAAAUUUAUAAUAAUAUAAUAACCUCGUAUUUCAAUUUUGAUUACAAAAUAUGUGAUUUGUUUAAAAGAAGUAUAGAUGUAAGAAAUGGAAAGGAACCUUAUGAAUCGGUUCCUUCUUUCUUCGUUCCCAUAACCUUUAUAAUUUUACACGAGGGAAAAAAUAUCGUCAACUAUCUUAAUAUAUCCGAAGAUAAAUUUAUUAAUUUAAUAGUAGAUCAUUUAAAAAAUCCAAUACGUGAAAUGGGGAAAAAAGGCAUGAAUGAGCAAAGCUUAAAUUUUAUGCUUAAUAAGUUUGCUAAAAGUUUGGAUAAUUAA